AUGUGUUUCAGGGCGGAGGGCUUGUCCUUAAUGAAGUUCACCGGGUGCUCGAAGGGCACCCCAGAGAAAGUGGGAUCCCAGAGCAAGUCGGACCCCAGAGCAAGCGCCGCCUGGAGGUCCAAGCAGACCUGGGUCAGCCCCCACAGCCAAUCCCCCGCCGCCGCCGCCGCGACCAGACGCAGACGCAGCCGCCGCCGCAACAACAAACAACAACAGCAGCAGCAGCAGCAGCAGCAUCAGGGCCGUAGCCGUGGCGACCAGCGCUGCCAGCAGGCGCUGUCGGACUGGUACCACAGCCAGGUGCCGCCGCCGCCGCCACCGGACCGCGCCGGCCGCGCAUCCAGCGCGCCAUCGCAGCUACUCCCAGGACCGUCUGGGCGAGACGCGCUCGCCGGCUGCAGCAGCAGCAGCAGCAGCAGCAGCAGAGCCGGGGCCUGGCCGCACAGCGCCUCCCAGGACACCCUGACGCUGCUGCAGCAGUCGGGCCCCGGGCCCCACGGCGACCCCUACUGGACCUACGAGGACUGGGAGGCGGCGCCGGCCGCGCCCCGCGUCUCCAGCUACGCCCGCACGCGCUCGGAGGACCUGCUGGCGCAGUACGACCGCUCGUACGGCGCUCGCCGGAGGGGCCGGAGCCCCCGGGGCGGCCCUGGUGUCCCCCCGGACGGAGAGGUCGGCGGCCCCCCCCCCCCCUGGUCCCAGCCGGCCCCCGCCCCGCCCCCACGGACAGAAGCCCCCCAGAGGCAAGCGGGCCAGUACGCGGGCCCCCCCCCACCGACGGCUCGGCCCCCGCAGACCCCUCAGAGACACCAGUCCCAGCCCCCCACCCCGACGCACCCCCCGCACCCCCAGGCCCAGCAGGCGGCCCCCCAGAGCCGGCGGCUGACCACGGCGCAGAGCGCGGACGACCAGGGGGGGGGCUACCGCAGCUACAGCCCCUCCUUCUACCGCAAGACGGGCCGCAUCCUGCAGCAGGCGCACUCCUUCAGGGACCCCUCGUACGCCGGCCCCCACCUCAACUGGAACCCCGCCAGCCCCCGGAGGGGGCCCCUCCGUCGCCUCGCCGCCGGGGGCCACCACGCCGGACCCCCAGGAGCGGCGUACCGGCCCACCAACCACGAGAGGGAGCGGGCCUCGGGCUCGGGCUCGGGGUCCGGGUCCGGGUCGGCCUCGGAGGCCCCGGCCCCCCCCCCCGCGGCGCAGGAGGUGGUGCUGAGGCAGAAGCCCCCCACGGGGCGGAGGAACGCGUACGGCCUGCGCCACCCACACUACGCCCUGCCGCUGGACUCCCUGGACCCGGGCCUGUUCUCCCCGAGGGGGACGACUCGGCCUUCCACGCCCCCACCUCGGCACAGCCCCCCCGGGGGGAGGACGGCCCCCGCAAGGCCAACGGGGCCCCCGGCCCCCUUGUCCCUAGAGGAGGACUCCCUGGCGUCCAUACCCUUCAUAGACGAGCCGACCAGCCCGAGCGUUGACUUGCGUGCGCGCCACGUUCCGGCCUCCUCCGUGGUGUCCGGCGGCCUGAGCUCCGCCCCGGCCGUGGUCACUUGCCCCGCCCCCCCCGCCUUUACCUUCCCCCACGAUAGGGUCUUCUCCCACGACUGCAGCAGUAUUAAAUCCAGCCGCCGUUCCUCCUAUCUUCUAGCCAUCACCACGGAGCGCUCCAAGUCAUGUGACGAGGGGCUCAACAGCUUCCGGGAGGAGGGGCGUGUCUUCUCGAGGCUUCCAAAGAGGGUCAAGAGCUUCUUCACAGAUGGGUCUCUGGACAACCUGGGGGCAGCGGAGGAGGCCCGCAAACGGCACUCCACCUCUGAGCUGGGCACCAUCACCUACAGCGACGUGCGCAGGGAGGGCUGGCUGCACUACAAGCAGAUCCUCACCGAGAAGGGCAAGAAGGUGGGCGGCGGCAUGCGUCCGUGGAGGCGGGUCUUCUCGGUGCUGCGCUCCCAUUCGCUCUUCCUGUACAAGGACAAGCGGGAGGCGGUGCUCCGCGGGGCCACCGUGGGGGGCGGGGCCGAGGACGACCAGCCCAUCAGCAUCCGGGGCUGCCUGGUGGACAUCGCCUACAGCGAGACCAAGAGGAAGCACGCGCUGCGCCUCACCACGCAGGACUUCUGCGAGUACCUGCUGCAGGCCGACGACCGCGAGGACAUGCUGGCCUGGAUCAAGGUCAUCCGGGAGAACGGCAAGACCGACAACGAGGAGUUUGGCUUCUCCAGACAGGCCCUGAUUAGCAAGAAACUCAACGACUACAGGAAACAGAGCCCGACAGGAAGUAAGCCCGACGCAUCCCCCAAGGCCACGCGCCUGAAGCCCCCCUUCCUGUCCAAGAUGGACAACGCCGCCGGGGCGCCCCGCUCCCCCAAGACGGAGGGCAAAGAGGAGAGCAGCCCCCCCAAGUCUCCCUGGGGGAUCAACAUCAUCAAGAAGUCCAAGAAGUCAGGGCCCAAGGCUUUCGGCGUGAGGUUGGAGGACUGCCAGCCCGGAGCCAACAAUAAGUUCAUCCCGCUGAUCGUGGAGAUCUGCUGCGGCCUGGUGGAGGAGAUGGGCCUAGAGUACACGGGGAUCUACCGCGUCCCGGGGAACAACGCCAUGGUGUCCACGCUGCAGGACCAGCUCAACAAAGGGCUGGACAUCAACCCCACCGAGGAGAAGUGGCAGGACCUCAACGUGGUGAGCAGCCUGCUCAAGUCCUUCUUCCGGAAGCUUCCCGAGCCCGUCUUCACCGACGACAAGUACAACGACUUCAUCGACGCCAACCGCUUGGACACUAACUCUGAGAGGCUGAAGACCAUGAACAAACUGAUCCGCGACUUGCCGGACUACUACUACCACACGCUCAAGUUCCUGAUCGGCCACCUGAAGACGGUGGCGGACCACUCUGAUAAGAACAAGAUGGAGCCCAGGAACCUGGCGCUGGUGUUUGGGCCCACGCUGGUUCGGACCUCUGAGGACAACAUGACAGACAUGGUCACACACAUGCCCGACCGCUACAAGAUCGUGGAAACACUCAUCCAACACUACAUCUGGUUUUUCACUGAUGAGAUGGACAUGGACGACAAGCAGACGCCCGUGGAGACGGGAGACGUGCAGCCCGCCCCCAACAUCGACCACCUGCUGUCCAACAUCGGCAGGACCGCCUACCUGGGGGAGGCGUCAGACUCAACCAAUAGUGAAGGUGCUAAAUCCAAGAUGUCCUGGGGCUCCAAGAAGGACCUGACGGCCAAGGACUUCCUGACGCUGUCCAUCAUGUCGGCCGUCACGGGCCGCAAGCGCCGCAAGCGCCACGGCCGCCGCGGCGCCGGCAGCACCGACGACGACGCGGAGCCGGGGCCCGUCAAACCCAGCCAAUCGGUGGAGUCGGAGGAGGGCGAGGAGGCGGAGUCACCCGCCGGGGGGGACACCGCCCCCCGGGCGGUGGGGGAGGAGGACGAGGAGGAGGAGGAGGAGGAGGAAGAGGAGGAGGGACGGGAGCAGGAUGUGGCGAGGAGGCAGGAGGCGUUCCAAACGAUCGUACAGGUGACGGAGGAGAGCGGGGGGGUGGGUGUGUCGGACGCGGCGGGCGAGACGCUCCUCCUCGCCACGCAGGUGGAGGAGCGGAGCCAGGGGGCCUCGAUGCCCCGGGAGGAGGAGGAGGAGACGGAGGAGGAGGUGGAGGAGGUGGAGAAGGACAGGGCGGGGGCGAAAGGGUCGCCGUGGCGAUCGCCGGAAGACGCACGCUCCAUCGUCUCGGGCUACUCCACGCUGUCCACGCUGGGGCGGAGCCUGCGUUCCCAUGGCGACGACGGCGACGACGAGAACAGCGAGCUGGUCAGCGAGACGGACAACGAGAGCGGCUUCGCCUCGCGCUCCGUCACCCAGGAGCGGCCCGAGAAGCACCCGGUGCCCGCUGCCGCGGCCACGCCCCCCGCCGAGGCCACGCCCCACGCCACGGCCACGCCCCCUGCGUCGCCCGCGGCGACGGCGGUGUCACAACGCAGCUUCCUCUACACCCACUACAAGACGCACCCGCCCGUCCUCAGCCCCACGCCGCUGCUGGCCCCGCCCACGACCGAGCCCGCGGAGAGGGGCGAGGGCGGGGCCGGCUCCACCACCCCCUCGUCGUCGUCCUCCUCGGCCGCCGCCCACCGGCUGCACUCGCGGCCCUCCUUCAACUCCCACCGGCUGAUCCAGUGCGACACGCUGGCCCGCAAGAAGGCCAAGGCGCGCUCCAUGGACCUGCUGGACUCCCUGGGCCCCGACCGGGCCGAGGGCGGGCCGCGGCCGAAGCGGGACCCCUCCCGGACCAACCCAUCGUCGGGGAGCAGCCAGGAGAGCCUGCGCCCGGCGCCCCCGGCGGCCCCCGGGGAGGCCGCCUCCUUCGCCCCCUCCGGCGGCCAGGCCCAGGGGCGGGGCUCCCUGGUGGACCAGGUGAGGGCCCGCCUACUGGGCUCGGCCGACGACCUGCGCACCGUGGGCCUGAGGAAGCCGCUGUCGCCCGAGACGCGCCGCAAGAGACGCGCCUGGCGCCGGCACACGGUGGUGGCGUCCCCCACCGAGACCACGGGCAAGCGGCCCCUGCUGCUGACCGGAGACCUGCCCCUGGCCCCCAUCGCCUCCGGCCUGGCCAAGCCGGCAGCACCCCCCCCUCCCCCGCAGAGACCCGACCCGGAGCCAGAGCCAGGCCGGGAGGACGCCCCAACCUCACGCAGAGCCCCUCCUUCUCGGUUCUCCCAGUACCUCUGAGAUCUCCCCCCCCCCGGAGCACCACGGACCCCUCCCCACGGGCCCCCCUGACUCCCGGGAGCCGCAGACCCAGACUCUUCCAUUGGGGGACCGCCGGCUCUUGAGGCACAGAGGUGUCCACAGACAUGGAGAAGACCAAAGGACCAAAGGACCCGUCUGGACUCGGCCUCCCACCCUUCUUUUGUUUUGGUCAGCUCUCUUAGCAUGGCGAAGGGCGUUCCACUGUUGCCAAAGUAUUUAUUAACGGUUCUUUUUUAAACUUUUUUUAUUUUUGUUUUUGUAUUCUCGUGUGCUCUAUUAAUCGGAAACAUUGUGAAAGGGGGUUUCGGACACAGGGCCGGCGCCAAACCGCGUCGCAGUCUAUUACGCAGCCAAGAAAUCGUAGUCCCACGCGGUCGUCUCAUCGACUGGGUCGUGUUUCCUCCUGUCCGGCUUCAAGUGGAAUCCCAGAGAUUAAGCCAGGUUUGUUCCCUGAGCCGGGUAAGGUGCUCGAGGGGAGGUAACCUCCUUUGGGUUCCUCAGAGUACGGUGUUUGCAGCAAGCUAAAAAAAAUAAAAUAUUAUUUCCCUAUUGCCAAGAAUACUUUAGAAAGCCGGGACAGGAGAAAACAGACCGCACCCCAUUCAUUACUUUCGGUUUAUUUCUAACUCUUUGAUACAAACACACUCACACACACACCGUUACUUAAUCAAGCGACACACAACGCAGUAAUGAAACGCAACUCGAUUACACAGAGUCUUAGUGGCUUACUUUUAAAGCAGGGUUUUAAGCCUUCUUUUUUUUUGUAGCCAGAGCUGGCUUUGUAUACAAGUCUUCCCACUCUGUUACUUCUUAGACCACAGACACUUUAAUACAGUAAGUACUAAAUCACUCAUGGGACACACACACACACACACACACACACAUACACAUGCAGAGCUGACAGAAAAAGCUUGUUUGAGAGUACUUUUUACUAACGUUGUCUAUAUGUGUCUGUGUGUUCGCUCAGCCACGUUUGUGAUAAUGUCUAAGUGUUCAGGUGUUUGUAUCUAACUAUUCUGUAACAUUUGUAAAAAGCCUUGUGUAAGUUAACCCUGUAAAUAUAAAUAUGUUAUAUUUGUUUUAACUUUCCUCCUUGUUAUUUCGUUAUGGUUUACAAAAAGGUGCAUACACAAGCACAUCUUUUUCAGUUGAUAUGCUACUUGAACAGUUGCAUUGCACAGACAGACACACACAUACACAUACACACAAAACAAAAAGCAAGUAAGAAACAAAACCUGAAUCUUUAUCUCACAAACAGAUGCCUUCCCGGUUGAUUCUCACCGCUAUGCAAAACCCCCUCCUCUGUUCCCAGAAAAUAUAUAAAUAUUGCAUUAUCAAAUACAAAAACUAUGACCAUGACAUGCAAGGCGAAAUUGUUACCUCAGUAAUCAGGCAGCCUUUCUAUGCCAGGCUUGGAAUGGCUUUUGGUUCAGUGGCAUAAUGUGUCCGAUAGCACUUGUUAAAUGAUUCAACAGCAUGUCAAUCUUGUGAAAAAUCGUUGCUUUUUUUCAGGGCUCGGCAACCAAUACAAUGAUCAGAUUGAAAGGGUUUUGCAUGUCUUCUUUUUUUUUUGCAUACCCAGAAUCGACUCCGUUAUGUUCCAUUGUAGUGAAGCCACUACUAUUGAUCACCGACGGAACAUAAGGCAUCCACAUGUAAUGUACCGUUUUCUUAAUCACAGCUUUUGAUUUUGAGAACAGGCAUCACGAAUACACAGGUGGAACAUAUUUCCAGUAGGCCUACAUGGAAACAAUUGUGUCCUUUACAUCCAACCGGGGAGUUUUUUUAUAAGGAAUAAUAAUAUUUAUCAUAAUGUUAUGAGGCAGAUCUGCGUGUGUCAGGAAAGCCCCCCCAAACGGGAUAAGAAAAUAUUUUAUUUCUGUUUCAAGUUACCUCAAGAUUAGUCCUACAAGUGCCUGUAUACUGGAUAUUUGUUUUAUUUUCUUGCGGUGCCAUAUCUGCUCAUUCUCCAUCUCCAUUAGUUCCGCGGUUAUCUGACGCACCAACUGACGCUCUGUAGUACAUCGAACAUAAAGCGGUCUGUCUGUCAGUCUGUUACAAGCACAACCAAGCCAAGUACAUUACUAUGCACUCACUCAUACUCACACUCGUUCUCUCUCUCUCUCUCUCUCUCUCUCUCUCUCUCUCUCUCUCUCUCUCUCUCUCUCUCUCUCUCUCUCUCUCUCUCUCUCUCUCUCUCUCUCUCUCUCUCUCUCUCUCUCUCUCUCUCUCUCUCUCUCUCUCUCUCUCUCUCUCUCUCUCUCUCUCUCUCUCUCUCUGCCAAUAAUACAGGCGCAAACAGCUACUUACCGAUGCUGCUAAACGGGGUUGGGGGAGCAUAGGUUUAUCCCAGCUACAUUUGUUGAACAGAAAAGCUGAGGUCAUACAAAUAUGGUACACCUGACAAGUUAGUCUCGCGAGACUUAAAAGUGACAAGAGACUGUAAAGACGCGUCGGUACCGUCGGUCACCAAUGCCAUAUGGUUUCGUGUGACGGCCUGCAAAAUUGUUAUGGAAUAAUUGAACUGUUAACACACUACUCGCUGUGUUAGUCGUCUGAAAUGUGACUGUUUUGGUUCUUGUAAUGGAAGAUUUUUUUGUAAAUACUGUCUACAUAUGUAACAUAUUGUAAUGUGUACAUUUUGAAUUGCUUUGAGUAAAACUAUCUGAUAUGAAAACGA